CUGUAGCACCCCACUGACCUCCAGCCAUCGCCCUUAUUGCACCCCACUGGCCUGUAGCCAGCCCCUGUAGCGCCCCACGGACCUUUAGCCAUUCCCCUCAGAGCACCCCACUGGCCUAUAGCCAGCCCCUAUAGCACCCCAUUGACCUAUAGCCACCCCCCAACCCCUAUAGGACCCCACUGACCUCUAGCCAUUGCCCUUAUAGCACCCCACUGGCCUAUAGCCACCCCCAGCCCCUGUAGCACCCCACUGAUCUCUAGCCACUGCCCUUAUAGCACCCCACUGACCUCUAGCCACCCCCUCAGCCCCUAUAGCACCCCAUUGACCUAUAGCCACCCCCAACCCCUAUAGGACCCCACUGACCUCUAGCCAUUGCCCUUAUAGCACCCCACUGGCCUAUAGCCACCCCCAGCCCCUGUAGCACCCCACUGAUCUCUAGCCACUGCCCUUAUAGCACCCCACUGACCUCUAGCCACCUCCCAGCCCCGAUAGCACCCCACUGACCUCUAGCCACUGCCCUUAUAGCACCCCACUGGGCUAUAGCCACCCCCUCAGCCCCUAUAGCACCCCACUGACCUCUAGCCACUGCCCUUAUAGCACCCCACUGACCUCUAGCCACCUCCCAGCCCCGAUAGCACCCCACUAUCCUCUCUGGUACUCCACCAUCUGCCCGCUACAGCAUCCUGCUAUUAUGCUACCCGUCCCCUUCAGCCAUUUCCUCCCUCUGUAGCACACACGCACUCCGCUAUCCCACUCACCCCCCCAUUGGCUUCCUCCCUGUCAACAUCUAGCUCCUGUGGCAGGGUGCUGUUCCCUUCUGCCCAAUAUAACACCUCCAUUAUUUCCUUCUGUGCAGCUGGUAUCUGAUAUCCGCAUCGACCAGGGUUGUUUCAAAUUCGGUUCAGAGUUGACCAAGAUGACUGUGGAAGGUCAAACCCAGGAACCUUCUUCGUGGGAUCUGGGACAAGAAUGAAACAUGGCUGAGGAUUCUCAGAGAAACUUCCGCUCUGUCUACUAUGAAAAAGUGGGAUUUCGUGGUGUUGAAGAAAAGAAAUCAUUGGAAAUCCUACUGAAAGAUGAUCGACUGGAUAUUGAGAAGCUUUGCACAUUUAGCCAAAGAUUUCCUCUCCCAUCCAUGUAUCGUAUCCUGGUGUGGAAGGUGCUUUUAGGAAUUAUUCCUCCUCACCAUGAAUCUCAUGCUCUGGUGAUGAAGUACCGAAAGGAACAAUAUAGGGAUGUGUAUCAUGCCCUCCAAGUAAUUCGGUUUAUCAAGGAUUCUACCCCACAGGUUGAAGUUUUCCUCCGCAUGCAUCAACUGGAGUCAGGAAGGUUGCCUCGAAAUUUGGCUUUUCCUCUGGAACCAGAAGAUGAAGUGUUUCUUGCCAUAGCUAAAGCCAUGGAGGAAGUGGUGGAGGAUAAUAUCGACUGCUACUGGCUUGUCAGUAGUUUUGUGAAUCAGUUAAACAACAAAUAUAAAGAUUCGUUACCACAGCUGCCAAAAGUUCUUGAACAGUAUUUGAAUGUUGAAGAUAACAGACUUCUGGUGCAUCUGAAGGCAUGCUCUGCAGUGAGCAAACUUCCUUACAAUCUUUGGUUUAAGAAGUGUUUUGCAGGCUGUUUACCUGAAUCCAGUUUACAGAGGGUUUGGGACAAAGUUAUUAGUGGAUCCUGCAAGAUUCUUGUUUUUGUUGCUCUGGAGAUUUUAUUAACCUUUAAAAUGAAGAUAAUGGCCCUGACUAACACAGAGAAGAUCACACAGUUUCUGGAAAAUAUUCCUCAAGAUAACACUGAUGCAAUAGUGAGCAAAGCUAUUGAUUUGUGGCACAAACAUUGUGGAACACCGGUACAUUUGGUAUGAGAACUUGCUGUAGUCCUCACGGUUUGGAAGGACAUACCUUCUGAUGGUACUUCCCUAGAUUAGUAUCUGUAGAUGUUAAAUUGUUUCACAUUUUUGUUUGUAAAUAUCAUGGUGAUUAAUUUCUAAAUUGUUGUAGUAAAAAUAAAGACUGAGUUGUGCUGUGA